GUCCUCUGGCCCCGCCCCGCCGCCUCGCGGGUCGCGCGCAGCUCGCGCCUCCGGAACUGCGGAUCCGGGUUCUGAGCGGGCUUGGGGCUGUUUCCAUUGAAUGACCAGGAAGGUUCUCAGUGCCUAGCGUUCCUGCAAAACUGCUUCUACGCAAAAGGACCGUCGAGAAAUUUCGCGUGACACCGCCAGCUGACAAACCCAGUGUCCCUGAGCCUUUCCAGUUUCUCUGGCAGGUUGAUUUUGAGGCGACAUGUCCUCCGCUUCAAUGAAAGAAUGCCUGCAGCUUCAGCUACUGGAAAUGGAAAUGCUGUUUUCUAUGUUUCCUAACCAAGGAGAAGUAAAACUUGAGGAUGUAAAUGCCCUGACGAAUAUAAAGAGAUAUUUGGAAGGCACAAGGGAGGCACUGCCACCAAAAAUUGAGUUUGAAAUUACACUCCAAAUCGAUGAGCCCAAGGUAAAAAUCGAUUUGCAAGUAACCAUGCCUCACAGCUACCCCUAUGUAGCACUGCAGCUGUUUGGACGGUCAUCUGAGCUUGACAGACAACAACAGCUUCUUCUCAACAAAGGUCUCACUUCUUACAUAGAGACUUUUGAUCCAGGUGAGCUCCGUGUAUGUGCAGCAAUCCAGUGGUUACAGGACAACAGUGCCUCUUAUUUCCUGAGCAGAAAGCUCCUGUACGAACCGUCGACACAGGCAAAGCCGGUCAAGAACACAUUCCUUCGAAUGUGGAUCUACAGCCACCAUAUAUAUCAGCAGGACCUGAGGAAAAAGAUUUUGGAUGUGGGAAAAAGGUUAGAUGUGACUGGAUUUUGCAUGACAGGAAAGCCUGGUAUAAUCUGUGUGGAGGGCUUCAAAGAGCAUUGUGAGGAAUUCUGGCACACAAUUAGGUAUCCCAAUUGGAAACACAUUUCCUGUAAGCAUGCUGAAAGUAUUGAAACCGAAGGAAAUGGGGAGGAUCUGCGUCUGUUCCAUUCUUUUGAAGAAUUACUCCUUGAGGCCCACGGUGACUAUGGAUUAAGGAAUGACUACCACAUGAAUCUGGCAAAACUAGAUCCUAACUAAUGGCAGAAGGAUCACAGUGAAGUCUCAAGAAUAAUGAAGAUGACACGUGUUCUUUGGCUGUUUACAUAUGGUUUCUUAUCUACAAGGUCUUCCACAGGUGAUGCAAACUGGCAGCUUUUGCUCAUGUGCCAGGGCAAGAGUGUUGAUAGGACCAGUGUGGAUGGCUCUGGACCAUCACCUUACUGGGGGAAAAAAAUCAAGCUCUACAAUUUGGUGAUAAGUCAGUGCCAUCUCUUCUGAAAAUUCCAAGCUCCACAGGCUUCACCAACUUUUUUCAAAAUGAGUUUAUUUUAGUGAUAACCCCUAUUAAAGUAGCACUUGCCAAACUCUUUCAUUACAAAGUAUCUACCCUUCCCCAAGAAUUUCUGGGAGUCUCACCUGUGUAAGGGGUGUCCUGAGCUGCCUCUCUAUAGCAUUUUCUGGUUUCCAUGGUCUCUCUUUGCUUACUACUGCCCUUUCUCAGGGAGCUCCCUGCUGCCUCCCAGACACCCCACUGAUGUCCGGGUCCCUUCAGGGUGACAAAGCUGGGUGCUGAGAUACAGUAACUUGGAGGGGACUGCCUCACUCCCAUUUUGUGACACAUUGUUAGAUGCCAAACAUUGCUGUGUGUGCCAGGGGACUUACAGCAUUUUCAUGAAACAGUACAUUCUGGUUUUACUCUGUCUAAGAUGUAGAUACGUGUCCAACAGGUACAUGAAAAGAUGCUCAACAUCACUAAUCAGGGAAAUGCAAAUCAAAACCAUAAUGAGAUAACACCUCACACCUGUUACAAUAGCGCUUAUCAAAAUGACAAUAAGUGUUGGCAAGGAUAUGGAGAAAAGAGAACAGUUGUGCACUUAUGGCGGGAAUGUAUACUGAUGCAACCAUUGUGGGAAACAGUAUAGAGGUCCCUAAAAAAACUAAUAAUAGAACUGCCAUAUGAUCCAGCAAUUCCACUUCUGAGUACUUAUCUGAAGAAACAUGAAAACACUAAUUCAUAAAGAUAUAUAGGCUCCAUAUAGGUUCAUUAUUUACAAUAGGCAAGACGCAGAAACAAACUAAUGUCCAACAACAGGUGAAUGGAUAAAGAAAAGUGUGUGUGUGUGUGCAUACACAUAUAUACAGAGGGUGCC